UAUAUAUAGGAGAAGAUCAUCUAGAAAAGAAAAAAAUACAGAAAGAAUACAAAGAAGCUUUAAGUAAGCUUAAUCGAAAAUACAAAGCCAUGGAUGUAGGACAGCUUCGGUUCUUAAAUAGCUUUCAGCAUAUGGGAAUAGGGCUAGAUAAAUUGGGUGAAUGCCUAGGGGAAAAAAUUGAAAAAUUCACCCUAAAUCCAUCUCACUACGUCUUUGCACCUGGAAUGUUUAACGAUUCUCUAUACAAAAGUAGCAAGAUAGAACUUAAGCUCAUGACAGAUAUGGAUGAGUAUCUGAUAGUAAGUUCAGAGGAAGUACCUGACAUCCAAAGUAUUGCACCAGAUACAGAAAUAGGCUAUACACUUGAAGUUGAUUUAGAAGCCCCGGUGCACUUGCAUGAUUAUUUUGCAGAUUAUCCUUUAGCGCCAGAAAAGCAAAUAAUACCAGAAAACUGGCUUAGUCUAUACAAUGAAAUGUUAGUGCAUGAUAAAAAUGUUGGAGAAGGGAAAUAUGUAUCUGGAGAAAAGCUAGUUCAGACCCUUUUUACUAAGAAGAAUUAUAUAGUUCAUUACCGAACUCUCCAGAUAUAUAUGAAGUUCAGAAUGAAGGUUACAAAGAUUCAUAGCACUCUCAAGUUUAGGCAGUCUCCGUGGAUGAAGGAAUAUAUUGAGGAAAAUAUUUGUAAAUGCAAAAUAGCCAAGGCAAAUGGGGAUGAGUUUGGGAUUGUAAAAUAUGAUAAUCUUGCGAAAAAUUAUGGAGACUAUCUAAAGAAAUUGCGAGCUGAAAAGAAUCCGAAUGAUUAUAUUAAGACAAUUGCAGUUAAGAUGUUUCCUAAUGAAGAGGCAUAUACUCUAAGGCUAGAAAAUUAUUGCAAAAGAGCAUCCAAUAAUGCAUUGUGUUCUAAUACUCCAAAUGAAUUAGAUCUAGAAAAUGCGAGAAAUAAUCCAUUUUUUGCUUGCUCAGAUAAAUUAGAAAGGCACAUUGUAAAUAGCCUAAGAAGGAUAAGACGUUGA